GUGUGUGUUGUGAAUUUAUCUCAAACACAUGCGGUGACGCAGGUCUUUGUUGGUGUCGCUGUCACUUUUAAAUUUACAUUACUUUUGGUGCGAAAUCAGCUUUCGCAUGCUAGGAAUGUUUGUCAUUCUCACAGAGCUGAGGCUGAGUUGCUAGAAUUCAUCAAAAUUAAUUCUUAACCAUGACGCACGCUAGGCUCUUUGACAAAAUCGUGACCAACACACCUGAAUCGUGGAGUUUUUUGGGCUUUCCUUGGAAGAGAACUUCACAGUACUCCAUUUUCGAAGUUGACGAACACAGCGAUGAGUUCCGUUUCGUGACCGCUGAUAUCGACAACAGCCCCGGAGAACAUGCUUUCACUUACUCGUGGAUCAAGCGCAUCCAGAAUGUGUGCAUGUUUGGCCGGUAUUUGAUCCGUCACCAGCAGCUUUUUGCCAAAGAUACAAAUAGUCAAGAGGAAAUCCAGUACACAUGCAUUCCUGAAUGCAAAAUCGAAGAGUUGGCGAGACACAACGUGGACUCAAGGUAUCUGCAGUAUCCAAAUAGUGAUGCCUUUGUCAAUUACGAGUUGCUGAGAAACGCCACUGAUGCCCUUGUCCGAGUGCACAAGAGUGUAACUUAUCCAUGGGUUCUUGUGUGCGCUAGAGUUUCAACUCCUCCAGAUGGAAAAAUCAUGAGUGACUCAGAAAUAUAUCCAGAAUAUGUUGUGAAAUUUGCCAGCAUUAACAGGGAACCUUUAACCCUGUAAUGUCUUUGGCAUUAACGUAAUUGCAUCAAUAUGAAGUAUUUAGGGAAUUAAGAAUAUUUAUAGCCUGAACGUCUGCAUAAGAAAACAUUUGUAUGAACAAUAUUUAACUGAGUUGAUGUGAGAAUUUCUCAAAGAUACUCCAUUACAUAUGGUAUCAAACAGAAUUCUUGUGCCGAUUUUCAAAUUCGCCAUGCUUUCUCUGACUGAGGUUACGAAAAUUCUGCCUGUUCGAUUUGUAUGAUCGAAUUUUGAUCUCAUCCAGACUUCAGUUGUAAAUAUCUUUGCAUGCCACAUUAUGUGAGGGGCAUUAAAAAGGCGUAAUUAAUAUGAUGCUUGCUAAGAGAAAUGUUAAAUCUUGCUCUAAUUAUCCGGUCUAAUUUUUUAGUCUUUGAGCAAAUAUAUUUUGCAGCAGCCUGGAAACAAUUUUUGUCAUCUUUUACUAUUCUUACAAAAACAAAAAUUUUAAUAUCAAGAAUAUAUGUGCGGACAUAUUUUCUUAUCAGCUAGCCGCAUGCGGAGCUAUAUUAAAUAAAAUAUAUUUUAAUAAACUGAUGCAAUUUUCUUUAGUUUAGUUAGAUUGAUAUGAGAGUGAAUUUUUUGUAAGGGAAUCAUUAUCAAGAUGAAAUAAGCUAAUAAUUUGCUUACAAUUAUUGUAGCUGCAAAUCAUGAGAAGACACAAAAGUUGCUUUUUAGAAGUACAGAAAAAUUUAUUAAGGAUGAUAAAAAUGUUGUAGAUGAGUUAAACUCAAUUGAUUUAACUAAAUCACAGGUUAAACAGUUUAUUCAUACGCCACAGUACAAACUAAAAUUAAACCUCUUACAAUGAACCUGGGAUGUUUUCCUAAGUCUUCCGAAAUUAAGAUCAUGUAAUAUAGUCAUAGAGGCGGGGUUUGAUUUUUCUGAGCUCCUCAAGAGUGUCCAAUGUAUUUUAAUGGAAAAUCAAGAAGUGUCUUU